UUCAUCAUUGAUUCAUCUCCGAAAUUUAUCUUGAACUUGGAGGUGCAUGAUGUCAGAGACAAACGUAAGGCCUUGAAGACGGUCUCUGCUCUUCCAGGAAUUGAUGAGAUCUUAAUGGAUAUGAAAGGUAGGAAAUUAACUAUCAUCGGGACGGUUGAUCCAGUAAGUGUAGUGAGCAAAUUGAGGAAGUUUUGGCCAGUGCACAUAAUCUCAGUAGGACCAGCAAAAGAGCCAGAGAAGAAAGAGGAACCAAAGAAAGAAGAAGGGAAGAAAGAAGAGGCUAAGAAGGAGGGCGAGGGCAAGAAAGAAGACGCUCCGGAGGAGGAAGGAAAGAAAGAGGAGGACUUGAACGUAAAAGAGNAAGAUAGAAAAGUAAGACUUGAGAGAGGAACACAUUCUGAAAAUCUGGAGAGAGUGCGAUAG